AUGGCAUUAAACAAAGAACAAAUACACACUCUGCAGAAUAUAGCACUUCCCAUAUACCUGGAUCGAAUUUUCAAUCAAUAUGUGGCCAUUGUACUUUCUGUGACUUUUGUUCUAUUUUUUGGUGAGGUAAUUCCUCAAGCCAUAUGCACUCGAUAUGGACUUGCUGUGGGUGCAAAUUUUAUUUGGCUCGUCCGGAUACUGAUGGUUGUAUGCUAUCCUAUUUCUUAUCCUAUUGGAAAGAUUCUUGAUUGUGUUUUGGGACAUAAUGAGGUACUCUUUAGACGAGCACAGCUGAAGGCUCUUGUCUCUAUCCACAGCCAAGAGGCUGGCAAAGGUGGUGAACUCACACAUGAUGAGACAACAAUUAUUAGUGGAGCUCUAGAUUUGACAGAAAAGACUGCUGAGGAAGCCAUGACCCCGAUUGAGUCGACGUUUUCCUUGGAUGUCAAUUCCAAAUUAGACUGGGAAGCAAUGGGCAAGAUUCUUGCUCGUGGCCACAGUCGAGUUCCUGUAUAUUCAGGCAACCCCAAGAACAUUAUUGGGCUUUUACUGGUAAAGAGUCUUCUCACGGUGAGAGCUGAAACAGAGACCCCAGUCAGUUCUGUUUCUAUUCGGAGAAUUCCACGUGUGCCUGCAGAUAUGCCCCUUUACGACAUACUCAAUGAGUUUCAAAAAGGCGGCAGCCACAUGGCGGCUGUGGUGAGGCAGAAAGGGAGAAUACGGAAGCCUCCGUCUAUUGUGGAAAAACCCAACGAGAGUGAAAAGGGAGAUUCGGACCUAACUAUACCUUUGCUCUCGAACAAAGAAAUGAAGGCUGAGGACAUUGUCGUGGACAUAGAGAGGGUCUCGAGGCCGCCGUCCAAACACAACCUGGUGCAUGGUGAUGGAUUGCUCCUUGCAUCGGAUUUUUCUGAGGAUGGUGAAGUUAUCGGUAUUAUCACCUUAGAAGAUGUAUUUGAAGAACUUUUGCAGGAGGAAAUAGUUGAUGAGACAGAUGAAUAUGUUGAUGUGCAUAAAAGGAUACGUGUGGCGGCAGCUGCUGCUGCUUCAUCAGUUGCGCGGGCCCCGUCGAGUCGGAGGUUAACUGGCCAGAAAGGAUCUGUAAGCCAUCUUAAGCAAAGGUCAGAACCUCAAGAAAGCAAAUGCAGAUGA